CAUACCUUCUUCCUCAUCUCUCCAUCAUCUCUUCCACGCUUAUCCUCUCUCUUUGCGGUGCUAAUAGAUAGGUGAGAAGAUGGGCGUUGAUUUGGAAUCUAUCUCGGAGGCCACCUCCGGAGCUAUAGGAUCCCUUCUGAGCACAACCAUCUUAUACCCUCUCGACACCUGCAAAUCCAAGUACCAAGCCGAGAUCAGUGUCCCCGGUAACCACAAAUACAGACGCAUAUCAGAUGUCUUUUGGGAAGCCAUUUCUUCAGGGAACGUUCUCUCGUUGUAUCAAGGCCUAGGGACUAAGAACGUGCAGUCCUUUGUUUCCUCGUUCAUCUACUUUUAUAGCUACAGCUACUUCAAGAGGUUGCAUAGUGAGAGGAUUGGUUCUAAGUCGAUUGGCACAACGGCUAACCUCCUCAUCGCUGCUGCUUCUGCUGCUUUUACUAAUAUAUUGACCCAACCUCUUGAUACAGCUUCGUCGAGGAUGCAAACAAGCGAGUUUGGGAAUGCAAAAGGGUUUUGGAAGACGUUAACCGAGGGUACUUGGGGAGAUGCUUAUGAUGGCAUGGGGAUUACUCUUUUACUCACCCCUAAUCCUGCUAUUCAGUAUACAGUGUUUGAUCAGCUGAAACAGAACCUCGUUGAGAAAAGAAAGGCAAAAGCCAACAAAGACUCUUCCCCUGUAGUCAUCUCUUCCUUCAUGGCCUUCUUGUUGGGUGCCAUCUCUAAAUCUGCUGCUACCGUCAUCACUUAUCCACUAAUCAGAUGCAAGGUGAUGAUUCAAGCAGCAGAUGACACAAAGGAUAAUGAAGCGAAGAAGCCACGAGAAAGAAUCAAGAAAACGAUUCCAGGGGUCAUCUAUGCUAUAUGGGAAAAAGAAGGGGUCUUGGGGUUCUUCAAAGGCUUGCAGGCUCAGAUCUUAAAGACAGUUCUGAGCUCUGCGUUGCUACUGAUGAUCAAGGAGAAAAUCACAGCAACCACAUGGUUUCUCAUUCUAGCCAUAAGAAAAACUCUGUUUGUCACAAAAGGUAGGUUGAAAAGCUCAUAAAGAUUGCCCCUUCCGCAAGCCUCCCAAGGCCACUCUGGUUUGGCAGUAUGUUACUGAAAAACUUUCGAACAUGCAAGUGUUGUAGUCUUUCUCAUUUCAAGAAACAAUUGAUUUUUGAGCAAGUAUCUGACAAAAGCUUUCCUAUUGUUAGUUAUGUUUGUGUG